AUGAAGAGCUCCAGGGUAAACAAGCACAAGCACCACCAGCAGAGCAGCAAGGAGGCCAUUGGAGAGGCCGAGAAGAUGCAGCAGCACCACCGUAGUGGGCAGCAGGUGGGCAAGAUGCGUCAGGAGAGCACAAGCAGCAUCGGCCUCGCGCUACGUGGAGCGCGCCAUACUGCGCUGUGCAAGCUAUACUAUUUGGUGGGCGAGGACGCGAAAAGUGAUGUGGUGCAGCUGAAGAUGCCGUCCGUCGCGACGGAGGCAUGCCUCGUGAGUGCGGAGCGCGUCAAGUCCACGCAGGUAUCCGGAUACAUCGUUGCUGCCCUGUUGUCCAAGCCGGCGCUACCGACGCCGUUGGGCUCCGAGUCGAGCGGAAACGCGCGCACCUUUGGCUGUCUCCGUGAGCGAGCUUGGCUCCCGCUGGCAGAUGUCUACGACAUCUCCAUGGUGCGCGUCAGGCGGUGCCUGAGGUCCACGCCUGAGGGUGCGGAGCCCGACGAGGUGGGCGCACAGUGGAAGAGGCUGCGUCGGACGUCACGAAGACGCGCCAGCCCUGUCGCCGCCGCUGCUGCUGCUGCUGCUACUCCGUCUGCUGGUAAGGUUGGUCGCAGUGCAACGUCUUCGCUUUGGUGA